AUUUCUUAAUGUUAUUUGUUGGCUCAUUUCAUUAGUUGACUUCACAAUUACAAACAACAAUGGCAGAGUUUACUCAUGGAGCAGUUAACUACAGCUAUCAUAUUAAUGUCAUCAAUUGUUGUAAAGGUCAUGCAAUGGUUUCUCACUUUCUUGAUUUUGUGAAUGCUUUGUCCUCUUGCUAUCAUGAAGGACAUGAGUCUCUCAAGCAGUACGAGUUGUAUGUCUCUGAAUUAACUGCACAAGUUGAAGAUAUGAAGAUUCAGAGUGACUCUGAGAUAAAGACAAUGGAUGACAGACACGCUCUUGUCUCUGUUCAUCAUUUUGAGGAGAGUUCUUCUGAUCAGACCUUCCCAUCGCUAGAAAACCAAGUCCUGCCUAUUCAAUUAAGUGGCUAUUUGUUCAAAAGAGCAAGCAAUGCAUUUAAGUUGUGGAACAGGAGAUAUUUUGAGCUUCGUGACAAUAAACUUAUCUACCUAAAGAAAGACUCCAUGAAUAUGGAUUACGCCGUUGUCAUAGACGACCUCAGACUCUGUACGGUCAAACUAGCGGAGGACCUCGAGAGACGGUUUUGUUUUGAGGUUGUCUCUCCUACUCGUUCUUGUAUGCUCCAGGCGGACACUGAGGCCCAGAGAAGGAAAUGGAUGCAUCAUUUGGAUGCAGCUGUGGCGCAUGCUUUAAGAAUAACCACCAGUAUGAAGUCUAGGGAGGCCAAGGAGUCUAGAAAACGUUUGACGAGUUCAAAUGCGACGGAAUCCUUUAGCCCAAGGAUGGACAGCCCAUUGCUAAUCACCAGAUCUGAAUCUCCUUCUUCAAUGAACUCAAUACUCUCAGUUGGACUUGAGUUCCUUGAUGUACCUGGUAAUGAUAAAUGUGCUGAUUGCUCAUCAUCGAAUCCUAAAUGGGCCAGCAUUAAUCUUGGGAUAUUACUCUGCAUUGACUGCUCUGGACUACACAGGAGUCUUGGUGUCCAUAUUUCAAAAGUUCGUUCGGUGACACUUGAUGACUGGGACAUAGAGCACCAAAAAAUAAUGUGCUUCCUUGGUAAUUCAAAAGUCAACAAGAUCCUGGAGUACGACAUCCCAUCCCAUGUUAGGAAACCAGUACCCAGCAGUCCUACGUCUGAGAAAGAGCCAUUUAUUCGUUUAAAAUACGUCAGUCAUGCUUUCGUCCAUCCUCAUCCUGAUUUCACCCGUCCUGAUGUGCCCCUCCCUCCUCGUAAGAUCCAGGGUACUCUCCUUCGCUCUGUCGCUACCUCGCCAAAACUGGCCGGGAAGAUUAAUCGCCCCAUGUCCAUGGCAACCGGCCUUGAGGUGACAAAUGGAAACGGGAAUAGAUCCCCUCUCUCAUCUUUCGGUCUACCGAGUGGCCCGACUGAGAAAGUGAGUGGCGACGGGUCAGAAAGGAUGGGCGGAGUCAAGUCGGAGAACCUUGCCUUGCUGGAGGCAAAUUUAAAGAAGCUUGAAAAGACAGGGAAGCUUUCCCAGUGGAACAAGAGACUCAAUAGUGUCGUUAAACGCUCCCCGAGCCCCAAGAAACACUUCUCGUUUACUCGUUUUGCACGUCCAAGCUCGUUCCGACGAAAAAAGUCUCCUUUAGUUGGAGACGAUCGAUGCUACAGCGACAACGAGUUAGAGGUAGGGGCCUUGCUCUCAAUUAGCUCCGCCUCUUCUUCUCCAAUCACACCACACCCUCCAAAGAAACCUCCUCGAACGUACGUAACUAAAAUGAAGGACAUGGAGGACAGAGAAGAGGAGGAAGACAAUACCGAGAGACUCUUCGCUCAAGAUGACGAGUCCUUCUCCUCUGAUUUAUUGAACACUUUCCAGAAACUCGGUUCCAUGUAUAACAUGAAUGUAAUUUUGGAUGAUCCCGCCCACGAACCUAACGAAGUAAGCGUGGAUCAUCUCUCCCCACAGCAGUCGAAGCGUGUCUCUAUACAACGCUCACUGAGUGCAAUGGGUGCCAUAGACUCUCCUCCUUCUAUAUCUGUCACUAACUGUAGCCCUUCACCUCCUCUUAAUUCACUACCACCUGUUACUGAGAUGUCUUUAUUGAAAAACUUGUCAUAUUCUGACACUUCACUUGAUGUGCAUUGCACUGAAGACCAGGAUGCAAGUAUACUUGAUGAAGAAGAAGAGAAUGUUGACAGCGAGGAAAAGACUGAUAAGGAUUCUAGUCAUGACGAUGACAGGGAUUCCAAAGAUGCUAAUUGUGACGAAGAGGCCAAAGAAACGAGUACACAUGAACAAGAAAAGGAAGUCGAGUUGCUCAAGGAAGAUGAAAAUGAAGUGGAUGAUGUAGGGAAUGUUUCUGAGGAGUUAUUCAAUACAGAGUUACCCCCACCUCAACCUCACAAGCAGUGGAGGGAAGAGGAUGAGCUCUCUGACCUACAGGAAGAGCCUGACGAGGGAGACACGGCCUCUUUGAGCAGUCAAGACUCUUUUCAAUCAGCAAUGGAUUUCGGGAGACCUGAGAGUGUUGCUAGCGAACUCUUCCACACUCCCCCUCGGUCUUUGUCUCCAGAUGACGAAACCUCACCAGAUCUUGAGGCAGCAGAGGGUCACACGGUCUCCAUGGGACGUUCCCUCGGGAUACAUGUACAUGUUACCCUCGGGGAGGAGGGGAACGAGGGAGGAGAGGAGGCGGAGGGUGAGGGGGAAGAGGAAGGGGGAGAGAAAGAGAAAGAGGUACGUACCAGAAACAUGAGUACAAUCACUAUCACCGGAGAUGACAUUGAGCUUGAUAAUAUGAAGACUCUAACGAGACCCAAAAAGAAUAAUCUCACAGUUGAAGAGGAUGAAGGCGGGGCUACCACUGAAGAAGAAUUGGAUAUUGGAGAAGGCCAGGGGGAGGGUGAGGAUAAAGUGGGCGAAGUCAAUGGAGAUGUGGAAGUGGCUAAUGAAGUUGAGGCUGAGGACGAUAGUAACGAGAUCAAUUCGUCAUCUGAAGAGGAUUUUGUUAUAAUACCAGAUAGCAUGUCACCUACUAAGUACAUUUUUGAGUGCUCUCUAUCAGGCGAUAUCCCUGGGAUAUUGUGUGGCUUGUGUCAUGGAGGGAGUCUGUCUGAGCAAGACCCAGUGGAGGGACAACGCUAUCCAGUUCAUCAGGCUUGCAUUACUGGCAAUGAGACUGUUGUUGAGUAUUUGUAUCAGAAUGGAGCUAAAAUCAACGUUAGUGACGCUAGAGGAAUGACACCAUUACAUCUCUCAGUCCUUAACGAUGACGCAACUCUUACAGCACUGCUAUUAAAGAGAGGUGCAGAUUACAAGUGUGUUGAUGAUGACAACAAGACUCCAUUGAUGUAUGCAUUGGAAAAAGAGAAUGGAAACAUAGUAACAUUGUUAAAGUUAGCUAAGGCAAGCGAUGAGGCUGGUCGUAGUGAAAGUGUGGACUCCCAAAUGUUUAUGGAUGAAACCAUGGCAAGUAUCUAUAAGGAUUUUUCAGGUGGUGAUCGGGACAGUUUAAAGAACCAGUCCACUUCUAGUAAUAAUUCUACUCCUUCUGUUGCUUCAAGUGGAGAGGAGGGGAGCAAGGUCUAUGUUUCCGUUGCAACCAUUUCUAAUAGCAAUCCUGUCUUUUCAGUUGAGCAGAAAAAUUAGUUAUAAAUUAUAACUGUUAUUUUGUUGUUGUUAUUCUUGUGUCGUUAUUAUUAUUAUUAUCAUAUACAUGUGUUUUUUAUAGAAAUUUAUCAAUACCAUCAUUAUAA